AUGGUAGAAGAAAGUAAAACGCACCAGAACCACUAUCCAUACUCUGUCGACUCAAGUGAGAUCGAUGACAUUUCUGCCCACGCAGCUGGAUCUACAGGCCAACCACCCAUUGUAUUGAGUGGAACUCGCUUUGUCAUUGUCUUUGUCAGUCUUUUACUUGGUCUUUUUAUGGCAACCCUCGAUCAGACAAUUCUUACAACAGCCCUGCCACUCAUUUCGUCUGAAUUCAAUGCCUCUGACCAACUCGGAUGGGUUGGAUCUGCCUAUUUGUUGACCUCGAGUGGGUUCCAACCAAUUUAUGGAAUUUUUGCUGACAUUAUUGGUCACAAAACUGUCUAUCUGAUAUCGCUAUCAAUCUUCUUGUUUGGAAGUAUUCUCUGUGGUGCGUCCAAGACAAUGUUCAUGUUAAUCAUGUCAAGAGCUGUUCAAGGUGUUGGUGCAGCUGGUCUUAUUACAAUUCUCCUUAUUAUUAUCUGCGACUUGGUUUCACCCCGAGAGAGACCAAAGUACAUGGGUGGUCUUGGUGUAGCAAUUGGUGUAGCAACAUUGGCAGGUCCACUUUUGGGUGGUUACUUUGCCGAUCGACGUAUCUGGAGAUGGGCAUUUUACAUGAAUGGUUUUGUUGGUAUUGUCGUUGUCGCUGCAAUUGUUGUGUUCUUCAAGCUUCCAACCCAUAGAGUAAGCGAUGAACCAAUGCGGGUCCAGAUGAAGCGUGCAGACUAUGCUCCUGUUUUCCUCAUGAUGCCAGGCACAAUUUGUAUCCUGGCUGCACUCCAGGUCGGAGGUGCAAACACAUCCUGGUCGUCGACAAACUGUAUUGUUCUUUUUACGGUCGGCUUUGCGCUGUUUGCGAUCUUCAUUGCUUGCGAGAUCUGGGUCGUCCCUUAUCCUUUUAUCCCCCGUCGGUUUGUCAUGUCCCGCACAAACAUGGCAAUCUGUCUGGCAAACUUUAUGGGUGGUGCAACCGACUAUGCGAUCAUGUUCUUUGUACCACUUUAUUUCCAGCUGGUGCACGGUGAUUCUGCAACCUCGUCUGCGCUUGAACUCUUGCCGUUCUUCAUUUCAGCUGUCAUUGCCAGUUUCAUCACUGGAAUCAUCAUCUCCAUGACCGGCCGCUACAGACUCAUCCUCUGGCUAGGCUGUGCCAUGACAGUGGUUGGAACUGCCCUGUUGCAGACUACCACGGUUGACAUGCCCCGUUCUCUACAGUACUUUUAUCUCGGUAUCCUUGGAUUUGGAACUGGUCUCUGUAAACAGACCUUUAUUGUUGCUGGUCAAGUAGCAGCGGAUCCCAAAGAUCUUUCACUUGCAACAUCUAUCAGUCAAUUCUUCCGUAUCUUUGGUGGUGCUUGUGGUAUCAGUGUUGCCGAAACAAUCUUCAGUUUCCGUACAAAGGCAGGACUUGCCGAUCUGUCCAAGAAGAUGCACCAGAACUUCUCUAUCCAGAACAUUGCCCUUAUCAAGUUUUUGCCUGCUGCAGCCAGACGACAAGUGCAGAUUGUUUCAGUGGACGCAAUUGACAUGAUCUAUAGAUUCACAAUCGGUUGCUGUGCGGCUGGUCUGUUGGCCUCCUUCCUUGUCAAGCACUAUGACAUCUGGACUGAUGAAAGCAAGGUUCAACCUACCGCAGCGAACGGAAAUGGUACAACCCACAACAAAGCGUCGGAUGGAUCCAACGCAUAG